UGAUGGGACUGUGGUCAUGGAUUUUAAUCUGGAGCAGUGUGUCACUGAAGAAAAUUAUGUGCUGUUUAGUUACGGUAUCAUUUGAGGUCCUGUCUGUGCCUUCAGACAGGAGCAUUGUACCAGCUGUUUGGAUGUUGUUGAUGAAAUGUUAACAUCUCAUAUCCUCAUCCCAUUCACCCAAACUGAACGCCACGUAGUGCAGCUGACUGGAGGAAUGCUGUGGAAUUUUAGCCAGCAGUCAGUCUGGUUAGAUCUUUUAACUGUUCAUAUCCAUAUGCCUUCAUAGUAAAGCGAGAAGUUAUUUAACAAUGUCAUUCUGUUUACAAAUCUUCAACAAAUCAGCGUGCUUAUUUUGCUAAGAUACCCAAAUACUUCUUAUCAUCACAAGGUGAAAAGUGAUAACGAAGGUGGAUUUUCUGUCAGUCGUAGACCUGAGUGAUAAACAGUAAGUCUUCAAAGAUCACCUUUUCCCAACAGAAUUUAAUCAAAAUAUUUUUAUGUUUGAAGGAAAAUUGUGUUGUAUGCAGGUUAUGUAAAUAGGAACAACUGUAGUCAAGAGUUUUAAUUUAAGGGAUAGUAUGGUCACUUUUUCAAAGCCAUUUUGUGCUACGAUUAAAUGGAAGGGGAUAAAGAGGAACACAGAUGAAUUGUAACAGUGAGCUCUACUGUACCAUGGAUCCCUUGGUUUUGAGUUCUUAUAGACAGCAGUUGAAUCAGAGGAUGGAGAAGAGGAUGAAAUCUCUUCUGAAGGCAGGCUGCUGGUGGACCCUGAAGACAAAAUUGCUGCAGUUCUGUAAGUGGAUUUAGCAGCAAGCAGCUGCAGCAGCCUGCAAAUCACCAUGGAAAAAAUCCUGAAAACAGAAUUGAAAACUUCCGUCCUGAAGGCAUUCGGAGGCUCAGGAGGAGGAUACAUUAGCCAAGGCCAAGGUUAUGAAACAGACAGUGGACGAAUAUUUGUUAAAAUCAACCACAAACCUCAGGCUAGAAAAAUGUUUGAAGGGGAAAUGGCAAGUUUGGAAGCUAUCCAGAACACCAAUACUGUGAGAGUGCCUCAGCCUAUUAAAGUAAUUGACCUACCUGGAGGAGGAGCAAUGUUUGUCAUGGAGUACCUAAAGAUGAAGCACCUCAACAAAUAUUCUUCAAAGCUUGGAGAGCAGAUAGCAGAUCUUCAUCUUUAUAACCAGAAACUUGGAGAGAAAUUGAGAAAGGAGGGAAACACAAUUGGUAAAGGUGCAUGUCGCUCUGAGUCUCAGUAUGUGGAUAAGUUUGGAUUCCAUAUAGCCACUUGCUGUGGCUAUAUACCACAGGUGAAUGAAUGGCAGAGUGAUUGGCCCUCCUUCUUUAUUCGUCACCGACUCCAAGCUCAGUUGGAUUUGAUUGAAAAAGAUUAUGGAGACAGAGAAGCCAGAGAACUUUGGUCACAGCUAAAACUAAAGAUUCCUGAAAUGUUCUGUGACGUAGAAAUUGUUCCUGCUCUCCUGCAUGGGGAUCUGUGGGCAGGAAAUGUAGCUGAGGACGACUCCGGGCCAAUUAUCUUUGACCCUGCUUCCUUCUAUGGCCAUUCAGAAUUUGAACUGGCCAUUGCCGGAAUGUUUGGUGGGUUUAGCAGCUGUUUUUUCUCUGCCUAUCAUAGUAAAAUACCGAAAGCUCCAGGAUUUGAGAAACGAAACAAAUUGUAUCAGCUCUUUAAUUACAUAAACCACUGGAACCAUUUUGGGACCGGGUACAGGGGAUCUACCAUAAAUGUAAUGAGAAAACUUCUAAAGUAACCAGAAAGGCUUGGGGAAUUCUGACGUAGUCCCUUAGUAAUGAACAGCCCCGGCUUAUCAGAAGUAACACAAACUAGGAAUUAAUGUUAACGCUAAAACACCUGACAUGUAAAAGGCUUAGUACACUUUUGAGGCUCACUAACGAGCAAUUGUGUGAUUUUUUAACUUACACGCUAGUUUACUAGCACAGCUUCAUUCCCCACUGAAGGAAAAGACUGUGUUGUUGUUAAGACUCCACUAGGUUGGAAAAGUAGCAUGACAGUCAGCCAAAUCUUACUCUGCAGGGAGUCCCCCUUCACAGCCACUGUGUUUCCACAGUUGUUUGCGUCUUGCUGCUUCUGCUGCUGCUCCACCAGCAGUUCUUUACUGAGAGCUACUGCUGUGGGAUUGUGGGGCUGGAAGUAAUAACGGGUUCCUUACCUGUUCCCUUUCUGUUCUGUUUUAGUUUUCUCUCUCUCUUUCAAUCCCUUUUCCCAUUUAUAUUUCUGUCAUCUUUUCUUUACCGUGUUGCAUGUCCUGAUCCAAAAUUUAAAUCAGAUUCUGUGAAUCUAAAAAUGAAAACAUCCUCUUUUUGAUUUAAAGAGUAGACAAGGCCCUUUGGACUGCACUUGGUAAGCAUAUAUAAUUAAUAACAUUUCUAAUAUUUAUUUUAAUUUAGUGUAAUUUGUUUACAUGCUUUUGUUUUUCUCUUGCUAUGAGAAAUUAUAGUGUUAUUUUGUAAAAAGGAUGUCUCUGUAGUUCCUUGGUAAUUAACCUUAUGGUCAGACCACGCAAGUUUGAUAAUAACAUAUCAUAGUUUUAGUAUGCAAUUUCAGUGUGUUAAACUAUGAUAGUAAGGUAUUUAAAUAACUUUGUAAAAAGAUAGCGAAAAGUGGGAGGGAGGCUUAGUGUUUUGAUGACAAGGAAGCCUCUGUUGCUGCUGUGUUGAUUGUUGCUUGAUAUAUUUUCAAUUUUAUAAAAUAAUGUACAGUAGGCAAAGCUAGUCUGUUCUGCCACUGCUGGAUUAUUGACAGAACAGUGUCAAAUUAGGUGGCUUUAUAAUGAUUUUUAAUAUUCCUAACUGCUUUAUUUUUACAGAAAACAUAGGCAAUGAGAAUUUGGGGAGAAAACUGCAACAAAGAUACUGGCAUACAAUGUGAGCUAGUGUACAUUAACAAAUCCAUGGUUUUUUUAAUGGAAGAAAGUGGUAAAGAAAGUAGAUGUAAGUGCAGUCUGACAAAUGCCUGUGUGAAUCUGAAAAUUUGAAUAACUGAACUUAUGUAUUUAGGCUUCAGAUGGUUGUUGUGACUGAUACCUAAAAUGUUAUAUUCAAAAAUGCUCAAAUAUGUUUAGACUUUUUUCCAGCUUUAAAUGGCUGUGCUAUAAAAACUUAAUAAACUUUAAAGUUAGAUGUUGUGAUUCAUACUAUUAGAAAAAUGCAUUUCGUUCUCUGUAAACAUAAUACAACUAGUUAAAAAUUUUUACUUCCAUUGAACUUGGGCUACAAUUAGGGGAAUUUUAAUGGUGUGGUUAUAAUGUUUAAAUACAAUUAUAACUGUGGAAAAGUGGAAUAAUAGAGUUAGAAUACAGUUGAAAUUGUAGCUGAUAGCUAAAUGAUCCAGGUCCAAGGAAACAGCAAAGUGCAUGCAUACUGUAAUUUAUCGAUGUUAACAAAAACACAUGUAUUGCAUUGGAAAGUACAUGUGAACUUAAGAUUUCUCCUUCUCAAAUAAAAUACUUGCCUUGCAGAAACUA